AAACAAUUAAUAACAUUUUUUUGGAUGUCUAAAUGAAUGAAUCAUCAUCUACUAAUAACAAGGCUCUUUACAUACUUCAGUACCAUGUUGAUUCAGAAGAGAAUUCCAGCAAAGGAAGUAGAAUGAUAAACAUAAUAUAUAAAGCAGCAGUAAACACUUAGACGGCAGUUUUUGAGAGUAAAGACAGUGAAUAACAUAGCGAACAAACCGCACAGACUGGCAUUUAGACUAAAUAGACCAACUUACAAAUACAGAAAUAGACUGAAAAGUGGAACAAAUAUUCCUGUUUAAACAAGAGAUUUUAGGAUAAGUAAGGAUAUAAAGCAAAUACCAGGUCAGCGUUGUGAGAGCAUAAUUUGCAAUGGCCCAGAGAAACAUAACUGCGGGCAACUUAGCCGCGAGGAGAGUCCCAAAACACAUUGUUCAGAUGUUUGAGAAAUACAUGGAUAACCAAGUGCGUCAUCUUGAGAAAAACGAUGCGAUCAAUAUGUUAAUGAAAGAGUAUUCUUUAGAUCACACCCAAGCCGAACAAAUAUUUCUGACAUUCGAUAAAGACAAGAAUGAUCUCCUCAGUAUUUGGGAAUUCCAACAUUUUUAUAUGUGUGCAGGCAACAACUCUGCAGAGAUAGUAGAGAAGUUUAUGGCACUCGAUACCGACGGUUCUGGAAUACUCGAGUACGAUGAGGCCGCAAGAGGUCUCGCUUCUAUGAAAACAGCAGAUGGCAGGGCUCUAGCUCCACAAGAAGUAGAUUUCUUUCUUAAAACAGCCGCUGAUGAAAAUAACAAAAUCAAUUUGGGAGAAUUUGUAAAUCUUCUGGCCAGGUUGAAACUGUAUAGGGCACCGGCACCAAAACCAGGACAAAAACUGAAAUAUGUGAAGCCUUCUAAAUAG